CAGUGUUUAUCUCCAUCCUGUGACAUUCCUCAUUUGUCUACCAGUAUGUCUUCCCUUAGCUAAACGUGUUAUUUAAAAUUUAAGUGUCUGAAAUAUGAUUAAUUUCCUUUUGCAAGGUAAUAAAAGCUGUUGAGGAGGGUUAUCGUUUGCCAAGUCCCAUGGAUUGUCCUGCUGCUCUUUAUCAGCUUAUGUUGGAUUGCUGGCAAAAAGAUCGAAACAGCAGGCCCAAGUUUGAAGAAAUCGUCAGUAUGUUGGACAAGUUGAUCCGUAAUCCUAGCAGUUUGAAGACACUUGUCAAUGCAUCAAACAGGUGACUGAAGGAUGAAAAGAAUGUAGACAGCAUAUUGUUCAAAAACACAUUUUAACAUAAGAAAUAAUGAUAAAAUUAAAUUAGCUUAGAUAUCUGAUACUGCUAUCAUACAGAUAUAACAAUCUGCUUCCAAACAGCAUAUAUCAUAUCGUGUAGGACAGGGGUGUCCAAAAGGUAGAUUCCCAGAUGUUUUUAAACUACAGCUUCCAUGAUGCUUAGUCAUUCCAAAUGUAUUUUAAAUGAAUAUAAAGCAUCAUGGGAGUUGUAGUUCUACAACAUUUGGGGAUCUGCAUUUUAGACACCCCUGGUGUAGGCCAACACCAUAAGAGGCUCCACCUAAACUGAAAAAUGUUGUCUAAUUUUUUUUUAAAUUUUUUUAUUGGGUGGGGGGAGAUUUGUCAGUAGUGUAUCAGUUUAUAUUGCUGUAGUUACCUGUCUUUUGUCUUGAGUUUAUUAUUAAUUAUGUUAAUGGAUGUAAUUAUAUUUUUGUGUCUUAUGUUUAAUUAACAAUAAACACACAAUGUACUUCAAUGAACAUAAAAAUAUAUACAAUGUCCAUUAACCUCUUUACUACAGAGCAGUUUUGCAAGUAUUUUGGGUGUUCUGGAAAGUAUUUUUGUAAGCAUAGGUAGCACAUUAUUUAAUGGAAACAGAGACAAAAAUUUUGAAUGGACAGAAAAACAUAAAAAAAUCAGUUACUAAAUAUUGAAGUUACAGAUAAUAGUAAUCAGAGUUAUAAAUAAAUUAAAUUUUGGAAAAUCCUCUCACAUAUACAUUAUCCAAUAUGUACCCAUAAUGUGCUUCUACUAAAUAAAUCUCCUAUGCUAAGCCCCAAGUUGCCUUAAAGUGUAAGCUGAUCACUACCACAGUCUGACCAUUUAAAUGGGGGGUUGUUAGGGCACUCUGGGCACUAUACCCACUGCAGUGUGCUGUAGUGGUUAUGGUGAUGUGAGUUUUAAUUUUAAUGCAUAGAACCUUGUGCUUUUCACACCACACUUUCUCACAGUUGUGCUUCAGUACAUGGUUGCUGAUUCCCAAAAUUAAUCAAAAAGCCAAAAGAAACCCUGCACAGUUCAUACUAUAGUGUAAAAUAUCUGCAGAACACUGGGACUAACAAGGAUUAUGUGUCAAUAAUGAAAUGCCUCUCUAUAUAAACACAUAAACACCUUGAUGGAGUGUGCUUCCCCACCCCAUUCAUUUAAGAAUUGGAACAGGAUCUAGGGAUUGGAACAGAAGAGUGCCUGAUAUUGCAUGUACUGAAGCAGUAAAAGUGACAUUACCAAUUUAUCACCUCAUUACAUCUUAUGUUAAAUAAAUGUGGCAUGGCAAUGAUCAUACCAUGAAAUGUCUGUAACAUGGGAAUGAAGGCUUCUUUGGGUGCAGAUAAUAUUAUUAAUUACUAACUAGUCUAGUAAAUAGACUAUGACUGGAGGGGAUUCUUUUUCCACACCAAUCCUUGAUAUUGAUUUUUCUUUCUUGCCCAAUUCUUGAUUAUUGCAAGCAUGUUGUUAAGGUGAGGGGUGGGAAGGUAUGAAUCAGGCAUUUAUAAACACAUCACAUAACACAUCUAACACACUUAAAGCACAUACAAAAACACACUUACACAUGCAUUAAAACAUAUACAAAGGCAAUAACAUAUGCAGACACACUAACAUAUUACCAUACUUCCCGACCAAUACUAUUACACAUGUUGUAUGUACAGAUACAUACUAAGACACAUACAGACACAUAUUGUCUGCCCCGAACACAGUUCAGGGGUCUCUUCAAACCACAAGGCCCAGAGCCCACUUUUCUGACCCAAAGCUAAAACCUAACACUUGCAAUAAAAUAAUACAUCUAUAUCAGAAAGACAGAGGGUUGUAAAUAUCCUAACAAUAAUAUGAUGCUUCUGUUAGACAUCCUAAAAAACAGCAUUGUGUGGUGUUUGACCAACGACUGCCAUAUUUUUAGCUAAUUUUAAGGCCUGUGAGGUCAUUAAUUUUGUGUUCACAUAUAUUUUAUCAUUACAGGGUUUCAAAUCUGUUAGUUGAACAUAGUCCUCUUGGAAAUGGUGCCUACCGAUCAGUAAAUGAAUGGCUUGAGGCCAUCAAAAUGACAAGAUACACUGAUACUUUUGUGGAAAAUGGAUUUAAUUCAAUGGAUGCAGUGACCCAGAUGACUUUGGAGUAAGUAACAACCUUAGAUUUACAUGAAAACAUGCAAGUCCUAUAACUAAACUAAACACAUCUUUUAAAAUCUGUUUAUUUAUGUUAUAUUUAUAACGUGUUUUACUAAGAAUGCUCAUUCAGUAUAUCUAGGAAAACAUCUACUGAUAUAAUAUUUCACAUAUAACAUGUGACAUAUAUAAUAUAUUUACACAUUAAUAGAAAUUGCAGACACUUUAGCAUGAAAACAGAAAUGAGGGAGAAGUUUUGAAGGACUAAUUUCAUAUGUACAAACCUUGAUCUUCUACUUAGCUAUAAUAUAAACUCCCUAUUCUCCUUAUAAUGUUUUCCCUAUUAUAUAUAUAUAUAUAUAUAUAUUUAGCGAGGGCAUUAUUGAAGAAAUAAAUCAGUACAUGAAAAAUGGUCAUAGUAAUGCACAGUUAAUACAUAAUGAAACCGUCACAUAACAUGAGAUUGGCAAUGGUAUAUCAGUGUAAUUCAUGAAUAUUAACAGAUAAGAGGUACAUAUUCAAAGAACUAACAAUUCUUAGUCUAAAAACGUAAAAAUCAGAACACGAUUGUGGUCUACUGUUUACAAAUGUAUGGGAGUUAAGGAUGGUGAGAAAGCAUGGCUUCAAGAUGUCUAUUAUUAUUAAAUGAGUAACAGUCUAAAUAUGUCAAGCUAUAUUGAACAGCAAGUUGAACAAGUGAUUGUAAGAGAGUCAAAUAUACUAUCUCAUGAUUGAUGGACAGAAGGUAUUGAGACCUGUGCUGCUCCAAAUUGUUCUCUAAGGUGCUGUGGCCAUUAGUUUAUCCAAGGAAUCCAAAUUUUUAGGUACUCAUGUUUAUUUCCUCUAGCCGCCCAGUGGAAUUCUUCCAUUUCCCUAGUAUUGUCCACUCUGACCACCCAUUGCUCAGCUGUUUGGGAUUGCUUCCAGUAUACAGGAAUCAUUGUCAUUACCCUCUCAAAAGAGCAUUUUUAAUACUUUUUGUUGGUUUUGAUAAGGGAAGGCGUUGGGCAAUCCUAAAAGAACCUGUGAUGGGGUGAGUGUAGAGAGGAUUGUCAGAAUCAAUUUUAUGAUGUCUAUAAGCCAUCCCCAAAAAGGUUGUAGAUCAAGGCAGAACCACCAAUCUCUAUUGAACCCCCACCAAGCCUCCAGCAAGUACAAUUUAUAAUUUAAUUCUUUAAUUAUUUAGUGCACAGCUGAAAAUUUUAUUUUUGCCUGGGAGAUAAACCAAAAGGGUGCUAAAAUGGACAAAUCAGUGUACUUCAAAAUAUAAUAUAAAUGUCAUGUAUUUAUUUGCAGAACACUGAGGUGCAUUUUACUGCCAAUUGUUUCACAGAUCAAGUUAGAAAAAGUAACCAACAGAGAGAAAAGAUGAGUUGCAGUAAAAACAAAUCUAUAUUUAUAUAUUAUAUGUUUCUUAAAUAGUUACUUCUCACUUGACCUGUGAAUACAAUUAAUAAUAUACUAAUUCAUUUAUAUUUUCUUUUUGUGCUACUGGCGCAAUAUCACAUAUGUUGUCAUCAUUUUUAUAGACUGGCAAGAUUCUCAUCGUCAUUGAGAGUUAGAAUAUAUGACACAAAGAUUAUUUAAUUUGGUAUGCAAAUGUAUGGGCCAUUACUGGAUCACUGAUGCAGCAUUUAUCAUAGCUGGUCAUGCCUGGAUUAUGAUUCCAUUAAGUUAAUAAGAUGCUCACUAACAGGGAGUGACUUGACGUUGAAUUCAUCAGCGUUACUGGACAAGUGUAAAUUACUGUAGCCUAGUCUAUGUCAUUGUAAUCAUUACUUUUAAUUUAGUAAUCAAGGACAUGGACCCUCCACCAAAAACGUUGUUGAAUGCAUUUUCAACAUCUAGUAGUUUGGCACUAUUUGAUUGUUCUCACCUAUAGUUGUGUGUUGAGUAUGUUUUGUAGAUUUUCUUAAUACCUUUUGUGAGCUUUGUAUGUUCAGAAUGUACUGACCUUUGUGAAGUUUGUUUUGUGUAAUAUCGCACUAUUUAUAUUAUAAAUAGUGAUGCUAAAGAGGGACAAUUUAUUAGCAAUUUGCUCAUGGCAUGCCUUCAAAUGAUACAAUUCAAUGAGGUUUGCUGGCACCUAAUGUAAGUAAUCGCGAGUUUAUGGAACAAGUUUUGCACUCCUACUGAAAGGGCCAGGAUUGUCUGAGAAUUGUUAGCCAAUCUUUGGUCCCUGAAGAAGCUGUACAUGUGCUGCUGAUGCGGAAAAUUCAGUGAAGAGUAAAUUCCUUUUCUCUCCCUUUCCCUUUCCCAUCUUUCACUCCCCUCCUCUACAUCCCAUCUCCUCCCCUACCUUUCCCUUCCCUCCUCUACCUCCUCUUCCCUCCCCUACCUUUCCCUUCCCUCCUCUACCUCCCCUUCACAUUCCCUUCCCUCCUCUACCUACCCUUCACUCCCCUACCUUUCCCUUCCCUCCUCUACCUCUGCUUCCCUUUCCCUUCCCUGCUCUACCUCCCCUUUCCUUUCCCCUUCCUCCACUGCCUCCUUUCCAUUUAUGGAAACGAGAUGAGACAUAGAAGUUCCACAAAUAACUUUUAGGGAAUGGGAACCCCUGUUAGUAGCAAAUAGAAACCCCUUCCUUUCAUUUCCCUUCACUUCGGUUUAAAUAUUUAGGAACAAAAAUGAAUAGCAGACUGACCCCUUGAUUACACAAAUGGUUAAUACCACUUGAAAACCAAACUCAAUUAAAUAAAAGCAUUUCAGCAGCUCACACCAUACAUCCUUUAUUUUACAUUUUAAACAGUUGGUACAGCUGCUGCCUUAUGCCAUUUAAAGUCGUAAAACCAUUGAAUUCAUAUCGCAAAGUGGCUCUUUAGCUCUUAGAAGCUGUAUUUUUCUCUUGUACUCAGUCAGUAGUGUACCCCCUAUGGAGGGUUUAUCUAUAUUAUUAUGUUAAUGGGAAGCUAGUGUUACUGAGUUUAUACGCUACAGUUCCGUCUAUGAGAGUUAAUAAGACCAUUAACAAUCCGGCUCCAUUGAAAGGUAUGAUGUGUUAUUUAAUGAUCUGAAUUAAUAGCGCCUCUCCUUUUUCAAUUUGGAGUGGCUCUACCAUAAUCCUUUCUAUUUUAGAUAGCAUCUUUGUGCUGAAAACAUGAAAAUAAAACAUAAUUAAGGAAGUGAGAGAGAUACGCUGGGGUCUAUUCCCUUUUGGAAACUGACUUUGCCUUUUGUGUUUUUCCUUUUCAGAGAUCUGAGGAGAUUUGGUGUUACUCUUGCUGGUCAUCAGAAGAAAAUAAUGAACAGUAUCCAAGAAAUGAGGGCACAGUUAUUAAAUGGAAUGGUACCAUUGUAAUAAUGAUGUUUGACAGUCAAGCAAGCCUGCACUUUGUAACAUGCCCAGAGAUUCGUAGAUAAAGAGAAAAGUGAAAUGAAUCAAAAAGGGAAGUAUAGUGCUAUAGAAAACUAAAAAUGGCACAAUGGACAUACAUCGAGAAACUCAAAAUCAGUAUUUGACUCCAACUUCCAUUUAUUUUUUAUUUUGUUUGUGUCCUCAUUCUUCAAAUGUAAUUGCAACAUGCAUGGGACCUGGAACUGGAUAGUGAGAGUAAGUGAGGUUAGCCAAUUGUUUGGCUUCUAUAGCAAAGGACUUCCCACGAUGCUUUGUACGGGAAUUGUAUAUAGCAUCUUGAUAGUGCUUUCAUUGUAGCAGCACGCUAAACACUUCCAAUGACUUACUUGAAUGGAUUAUUUACAACAAAGUUUUGUAGCCACAUUCUGCCUAGGAUAAAGCUGGAGUUUACUGACGUUUACUAAGUCUCAAUUGUCUACAAAAGUGUAUUGAAGAGCAAUAUGUUUAGAUUUUCUUGAUAGUUAAAUAUCUUGUUUUUUUUUUGUUUUUGGUUCUUUGUAAAUUAAAAUAAAUGCUGUUACACAGCAUUGUGAUAUAAAAGCUAAUGUAUAAACAUGUUGCUUGAUCAAUUGCAAAUACAAUAUAUUUAUUUUCUGUUGUUCUGGAAUUCAUAUGAGUUGGCUCUCUGGUGAGAUUAAUAACUGAUUUAAUGAAAAUGUAUAUAGUGUAAAGUUUGCUACACACAUCCAGUAUAGGUUUUUUUGCUUCCACUCUGCCUGUAUUUUUGUGAUGUUCUUAUGACACACGUGUCAAAAUGCAUUAAAAAAAAAAGUUCCUCAUAUUUUCUCCUGCCAGAAAUAUUGUAAUUUGUGGACAAACAACUAACUUACUAAAUACAGGGUACACAUAAGCCAAAAGUAGUUAAUAUGAGGCAAAAAACACAUAUAUCAAAAAAUAUAAUACCUAUAAAUGCUAGCUUUUUCAUUCAUAUGUAAAGUUUACAUUCAAUAUAUUCCAUAUUCACUGUGAUACAUAUUUCCUAUAACAUAGUACUGUAAAAUAAGAGUUCCCUGACAAACUAACAUUUAAAGGGAAGCUCCAAGGAG